GUCACUGUAACUCCCCCCGGAAGAUGUCCGUAGUGAAGAUGGAUCCGAGCUGCACAUUUGCUUUCUACGCCAGAAAUCGCGCCGACUUCGGAGCUCUGUGUGACCAUCUGUUACAGGUACUAAGUUCUCCAUCAGCAGAAGAGAAGUACCCCGUCUUCAGUAUCUCUGAAGGCAAGGCUCAGGAAUUGCACGCCUCCGAGGGACUGGCCCUCUCCUCUUUCGCCCUAAGUCGCCGCAAGAGGGGAGUAAUGACUAAGAGACCCAGCUCAGAUGAGUUUGAGUUCUUAUAGUCCACCAGGAAAGGUGCCUUCCCCCCCCCCCCCCCCCCCACUUAUAUAGUGCAACACUGGAGAGCGAUCCAACCAAUGGCAUGAAGACCAGAGGACAGCAAGUAGAGGAGCAAUCCGUUUUACGUUCAGUACAUCUGUCCGAAUAUUGCUGUUAGAUGGAUCUCUUAACUUGUCUCUUUCUGUUCUGAUACACUAUGGUACUCCAUGCUGUUCUAUGGAGGGUACUACCAAGUUCUACAAACCCGAGCUCCUUAGGUGGGCCAGAGCUCAAGGGCCAGAUGAAGUCCUCUACUGUGU